ACCGGCACGACAGCGGACUCCGAAUCAACUGGCACGACAGCGGGCACUGGGUCAUCAGGCAUCGGGUCAUCUGGCUCGACAACGGGCAUCGGGUCAUCUGGCAUCAGGUCAUCUGGCUCGACAGCGGGCAUCGGGUCAUCAGGCACGACAGCGGGUAUCGGGUCACCAGGCAUGACAGCGGGCACUGGGAAACCAGGCAUUGGAUCGUCUGGCUCGACAGCGGGCAUCGGGUCACCAGGCAUCAGGUCAUCUGGCUCGACAGCAGGCACCGAGUCAUCUGGCAAGACAGUGGGCACCGAGUCAUCAGGCACGACAGCGGGCAUCGGGUCACCAGGCAUCAGGUCAUCUGGCUCGACAGCGGGCACCGAGUCAUCUGGCAAGACAGCGGGCAUCGGGUCAUCAAACAAGACAGCGGGCUCCGAGUCAUCUGGC